AGAUGGUGUGAAAAUAAAUAGGGACAGCAGGUUUCAAUCUGUGCCCAAGUCUGCUCCACAUUUUAACCACCCAACCUGCUCUGUUCACUUUGCUUCAUUCAGAGAGAUCAGAAGAACAGAUUUGGAUUACAAGGCCGUAUUUUCUCUGACUUACAAGCUUUUUCUCUGCUCCUUUAGCAGAUAUCAUGGAAAAAAGUCAGGGACCUUCUCCUCCAGAAAUGGCAGCACCGCCGUACCCCGGUCCCCCUUUGAACAACAACACGGGAGCCUACCAAGCUCAGCCUGGCAACCAACCUGUUCAACAACCUGUUUACCAGCACACCCCACAACAACCUCAGGUCUUACAACCUGUGAACCAGGUAGUGGUGGUGCAGCAGCAGCAGCUCCCGACUCAUGUUCCUGGACAGAUGGUGUGUCCUCACUGCCAAAACACUGUUGUCACUACAGUGAACCACAAAAUUGGUAUGCUCACCUGGCUGAUCUGUGGCGUGUUAGGAAUCUUAAUGUGCUGGCCUUGCUGUUUGAUCCCCUUCUGCGUGGAUGAUUGCAAGGAUGUGGAGCAUUCCUGCCCCUCCUGUAACAACGUUGUGCAUGUCCAUAAACGCAUGUGAGACAGCACUGCAGUGUAAAUGCUGUCAACCAAACCUCUCUAUGCAAACACAUCAGACGUCAUCAUGAACCCUGUGCUCACUUGCAAGUUGCAUGUUAUACCUGUGCUACUAAGUACGAUACAUAUGUGUAGAUAGAAGAUUAUAUAAAAGCUGUGAUUUUUUCUUUUAUCUGUUGAUUUAAAAUGUGCAAUCAUGUUGUAAAAAAUGUAAUGUGAAAAUGAACAAUUAUCCUGAUCAUAUUUUUUCUUGACCUCUAUGGAAUGGAAUUUUAGUCAAUAUUAAAUAAAUAAAUACAUAAAUAUGCCUAUAAAAUUAAUAAAUAUGGCUAUGAAAUAAAUAAAUGAGUCAAUAUGGUUCAAUAAAUAAAUAGGUUUUUAUUUCAUUUGACUUUUAUUUCGUAAUACCUAAUAAAUAAAUGUGGCACUAUGAAGUAAAAGUCCAAUGAAAUAAAAACCUAUUUAUUUAUAUAUUAAACCAUACUGACUCCGUUAUAUGUCAUAGCCAUAGUUAUUAUUUUCACAGGCAUAUUUAUUUGUUUAAUAUUGACUAAAAUUGCAUUCCAUAGGCUUGAACUGAAUGAAGUUGUCUCAAUAUAGUAUAACCUACCUCAGUGUUAAAUUUAAGCAACAAUGUAGGAUGUUAAAUAUGCCAUGAGUUUUAUUUUACUUCAAUUUAAUCUGUUCAGCAGAUUCUUUUAUAAAUGUUUUUAAAGGCUGCAAAAAAAGUCAAAUUAUGUGGCUUUUUCUUGCAUCUAAAGUUAUUAUAUCGAUUUCAUGUUGAAUGUUUUAUUGGAAUUUCAGUUAUUUUACAUGUUUUUAUUGAAGUCAAAAUAUUUCAACAUGAACAAAAUCACAAUUUGUGAAUGAUGUUUCAAAAAUAUGCAGUCUUUUAAAAACAUGAUGAAAAAUUAUCACAUUUUCAUGACACACUGACAUUAAAAAACAACAGGAAUAGCUGUUACAUAACUAUCAUAUGAUAAUCAUCUUAAGUUUACAGGUAGGUUGUUUAUUGAUUAAACUCAUUCUGUUAACAAUUGAAAGGCUUUUAUCGAAAUGGUAACCAACUCACUGCUUGUGCCAUGAAAUUACUAAAAUGAAUAAAUCACCAGUUAACCACCAUUAAAAUGUAACUAAAUUUCUCUUAAAGUUGUAUUUGAUACGGGUGUAAAUAAACACGGGGAGACCUUUAUUGAAUUACCAAGAUAAUCUAAAUGCUACGUGCUUAACGGGAGGUUAAACCCAGAAAAUGAUAACUUUAUUUCUAUUUCUGUAAGGGAUAAAGAUGUUGUAGACUACAUUGUGACACCACAUGGUGACCUAAAUACAUGUCUUAAAUUUAAAGUUUACACACCCCCUGAUCUUGUUGAAAGGGUUGAACCUGAAGGUAUUAAUUUGAUUGUAGGACGUAGUAGACUUCCUGACCACUAAGUGCUGUGUCCACAAUUCCAAACAGGAGAAUUCGUUAAUAACAUUAUAAUAACAAUAAUAUUGGGUUAACAAAUUAAAUGAGUUAUGGCUUGACUUGCCCUCAGCAGAGAAAAUGUUUCUUAAGUGUAAGGACCAGAGUAAAGGAAGGAAUCUGAAAAUUAAUCAAAAAGCGAUCAACUGAAUUUUGAUGGAAGGCUUUUUCAAAAGAUGCUUUAGGAGAGGACAAACUCUCCAGUUAGAGCAAUUACAAAUAAGUAAUCCACAGCAAUUUUGGAGGGAAAUAUAUAAACUGUCCAAAAAAGAACAAGCUGAUUCCAAUCAAACAAGCUAAUCUAGGCAUAUUGACUGACGAUAUGAACUUUAGUAUUUUGUUAUAUGCUGAUGACACUGUGUUGGUUUGCAGAGACAGAGAUUCAUUUACAAAAAAAAAGUUGAAUAAUAUGAGUUUAUGGUAUAGUAAAUGGAGACUUGCUACUAACAGUGAAAACCACACAUUAUCGAUUUUAGAAAGCAAUGUGAACAGCAGAGCAACCAUAUGUUUCAGUUUAUAUCAAUACCCUUUAAAGUACAUCACUUCUUAUGAAUGUCUUUGAUUUGUUUUUAAUGAAAAUAUGAGAUUUAUAGAGGGAAGAAAAGCAUUGGCAGAGUCAGCAGGAAGCGCAUUAGGGUCUGUGAUGAAUAAAAUGACACUGUGUCUUGA